AUGUGGCUCUUGGAGCGGCUGCGCGGGGUGGCGGAGAACGGCGGGUCCCGGGGAGCGGGGACAGACGAGUCCUCACGGGGGUCCCGCUACAGCAACGUCCUCACCCCCGACAAGAUCCCCGACUUUUUCAUCCCGCCCAAGCUGAGCGCGGCACCCGCCGAGGCUGAGGGCUCCGAGGUCCCCGCAGCGGCUGCUCUGGGUGCCUCAGUCUCAGAACAGGAUUUGGCCAAGCGCAAGCCUCCUCGCAGCCCCCGCCCGUCCAGCCGGUCCCGUUCCCGGACCACCGGGCGUCACAUCAUCCAGAUCGAGACCGCUGAGGACUGGACCGAGGGGAGCGGCACCAACGUGGACCCGCAGGCACAGACGGCCAUGUCGCUGCCCUACGUGCCCAAAGCACAGACCUCCUAUGGCUUCGCCACGCUGAUGGAGAGCCCCCACACCCGGCGCAAAGAAUCUCUCUUCCACAGCGAACACAGCAGCCUCUGCCCCUCGCCAGUCACCUCGCCCAGCGCCCAGCGCAAAGCCAAGCUCAACGGCGAGAGCGGCCGGCGGACACCCGCUGACCUCGGCGCAGCCCUCAUGCACCCCGGGCGCUACUUCAGCGGCGGCGAGAGCGACACGUGCUCCUCAGCAGAGUCCUCCCCCUUCGGCUCCCCGCUGCUCUCCCGCUCCGUCUCCCUGCUGAAGCUCUUCAGCCAGGAGAGCCAGUCCAAGGUCAUCAAGCUGAAGCACUCGGUGGCCCGCAACAGCUCGCUGUCCACUGACGACAGCUCGGCUGACACCAGCCCCAGUGCCCAGCGCCGCGCCAGGAGCGCCCCGGCCGGGACGCAGCCCCCGACAGCCCUGCUGCCCCUGGACCUGCCCGCGGGCCGUGACCGGGAGCACAGCCUGCGGCUGAGCCGGGGCGGGAGCCUGCGCCUGGCUGCCGAGUACGACCCCUCCAAUGCCCGCCUGCGUGUGCGCCUUGUGUCCGCCGAGGACGUCUACGAUGCCCUCGUCGACCUGCGCAGCAUCAACUGCUGCGUCUCGCUGUGCCUCAACCCUGGGAAGCUGCAGAAGCAGCGCAGCACCAUUGUCAAGAACAGCCGCAACCCUGUCUUCAACGAGGACUUCUUCUUCGACGGGCUGGGCCCCGGCCACGCCAGGAAGAUGUCCCUGAAGCUCAAGGUGGUCAACAAGGGCAGCAGCCUUAAGCGGGACACGCUGCUGGGGGAGAAGGAGCUGCCACUCACUGCCCUCCUGUCCUGCCUGUAGG